AAUAUUUAACCUCUUGAGAUGAUGAUGGCUCCCAAGACCAUGGAACCGUUUGCUCGGAAAGCCUUCAAAGCGAUAGUCGUUUUAGAAGUUGCCGGCGUGUUUGGUGCUUACUUCCUUUUUCAAAAGAUGAACACGAGCAGAGAUUUCAGGAGUACCAUGAGUAGAAACCUUCCAUCUGUUCUAGAAGUCUAUUACAAGUCCAACGAGUGGGCGGGAGUCUACGGAAUUCGGGAGGGCGACCAGGAGGCGUGGUCCGCCAAGAAGUCCUAGGGGUGAGCUUGGCGGAGGCGAGAGGAACGCCCCUGAUCCCGGAGAGCGGGUCAGAACGGCCCCUCUGUGGCAGGACACGCAAAUGUUAUUUCUUGGUAUUCUUUUUGCUGCCCUUGAACUUGCCAAACUGCGUACGUUUGUUAAACGCGGCCUUCUUCCUCCGCAGGGUCUUCACGUCUCUUCCUCGGAUCCAGUCGUCCCUGCGCGCCUCCCAUUUCAGCUGUUUGAUGCCUAAAGAGGAGCGACAGGGAGGGGGUGUGUGAGCUCAAAGCAUAUGGGGUUACAAAUAUAGCUCUGGACUCCGCUCUGGACUCCGCUACGCUUUAAUUAUAACCGUCAAAACAAAGUGAGAGCUUCAUGAGUGUCUGAAAUGAAAAACAACUGCAACUGUUGGAUUUGUGCAGAAUACGGAUUCUUUUUAUCACAGGGAAGAGCCAUUAUGGUGUUUCACAUCUGGAUGUACAAUAGCCCUCCUUUGAAAUGACCGACUGGAUCGCAGUGGAAGGAACAUGUUGAUUUUGGCUAGCAUCUAGCCAGGAGAAUAAAGUCAAAUUCUAUUUGC